UCCUAGCAUUGAUACCACUACCAUAUUAUUAAUAAGCAGAGUCCAAUUCCCCAAUCGCAAGAACUUGAAUGGUAACCAUUUUGCUUUGUAGGUUCAGGUGUGUGUGGUUUUCUUUUGGUUUGGUAGCUUGUUUUUGUGUUGUUAAUGAUCUAUACUACUGGCUUGUCCAACAUACUUAUGGGUUGAAGAGAGGUUGUUAAUUGUUCCUAAAAUUUCAUAAUAUUUUUUCAGUGAUCGCAGCAUUGCAUUGUAUGACUUGCGCAUGUCAACUCCUGCAAGGAAACUUAUCAUGCAGACAAGAACCAAUUCCAUUGCUUGGAACCCCAUGGAGCCACUCAACUUCACAGCAGCAAAUGAGGAUUGCAGUUGCUAUAGCUAUGAUGCUAGAAAACUGGACGAAGCCAAAUGUGUGCACAAAGAUCAUGUUUCUGCAGUCAUGGACAUAGACUACUCUCCUACUGGCCGGGAGUUUGUAACUGGAUCUUAUGAUAGAACUGUUAGAAUUUUCCCAUAUAACGGUGGCCAUAGUCGGGAAAUCUAUCAUACAAAGAGAAUGCAAAGGGUAUUUUGUGUCAAGUUUAGCAGCGAUGCAAGUUACAUUAUUUCAGGGAGUGAUGACACUAACCUUAGGUUGUGGAAAGCUAAAGCAUCGGAGCAGAUGGGAGUUUUGCUUCCAAGGGAACAGAAAAAGCACGAAUACCAGGAAGCUGUCAAGAAUCGUUAUAAGCAUCUACCUGAAGUCAAAAGGAUAGUGAGACAUAGGCAUUUGCCAAGACCAAUAUACAAAGCUAAGGAGUUGCGCUGCACGGUGAUUGAUGCUGAGAAGAAGAAAGAGGAAAGGAGGAAAGCUCACAGCACCCCAGGGAGCAUCGUUACCGAAUCAGUGCGUAAAAGGAGGAUCAUUAGAGAAGUUGAGUAGUUUGUUCAGUUUUCGACGGGAUAGCAUUGUCGAGUUUGCAGGUUGCAUCGAAAUUCUCAAGGCCAUAUGGGUACUUAUCAACCAUUUUUGAAGAGAUUUUGAUCAAAUUGAGGAUGGGAGAAGUACGCCCCGCAUGACUAGUUGUACCUGUACCAUAACAAUCUUUUCGUGCUUAGCAUUCGUUUUCACUAUUGAUACUUCGUAGUUGGCUUCCUUGGAUACGAACGUGUUUUCACCAAUCACUUUUGCUAAAACAAAGACACAAUAGAAAUCGAUGGGUUGAGGUUACCCAUGUUUAGUGGUUUUUCGAUAUAUAACAUAGAGUAGAGCAUAAAGUAAAUGAUAAGUAAAGGU